CAUCGUAUUGCGCAGUACCUACACUGGUAGAUGUUCAUCCGCAUAUACUCGUAUCCUAUAAAUAGUUUCAAAGAAACGGCAAUGAUAUUAGUAUGAAAUAAUAGCACGAUUAAUAUUUAUUGUUAGUAAUUAUAAUGGAGUUUGUGUCGUAUGGUCAUUGCCAAUGCUUUGUUUUACUGUAUAUUAUCGCGUCACUAAAAUACACAUAUACCGCAAUCGCUUCGGAAAAAUGUUGGUGGACGGGGUGCCAGUUGAGAACAUGGGCCGUGACUGGAUGCAAACAGUAUAAUCGAAUUGAGCAAAAUACCAAAAAUUGCUCAGGUGGUUUGGAGUAUUACUGCUGUCUGCCGAACAUCGACGUCCCACCUGCCAAUGACUGUUGGUGGACAGGGUGUCAGCCGAAUAGUUGGGCUGUCAAGGGUUGCCACAGCUACAACAGAACGGAAAGAAAUCGGACGGCGUGUGGGACGAAUGGCUUUAAAUACGAGUGCUGUGCUAAUCGUAACACCGCCAAUAGAAAACCCGACGACAAGUUUAGUUGUUCAAAUGGACUAAGCAUCGAGUCGUCUGCUAUUUGUGAUGGUCAUGCGGAUUGUUCAGAUGGUUCAGAUGAGACCAAUAAUUUGUGUGCUAGACAAACAUGUCAAAGUUAUGCAUAUCGAUGUAAAUAUGGAGCUUGUGUGCAUAAAAGUGCAAAAUGCAAUGGUAAAAACGAUUGUGUCGAUGGAUCCGACGAAGACUUACCUGAAUGUAAACAAUACUCUAUAAACAGUAAUAAAGAUACUAAUGAAUCAUCCAAUUGCCUCGAAUAUCAGUACAAAUGUAAAUCUGGCCAAUGCAUUGAUAGAAGAUUUACUUGUGAUGGAACUCAAAAUUGUAAGGAUGGAUCAGAUGAAACUACGAAGUUAUGUAAAAUGGUUCGGUGUCAAAAGUAUACAUUUCGAUGUAAUUAUGGGGCUUGUGUCAGUAAAGAGAGUAAAUGUGAUGGCGUAAGACAGUGUGCUGAUGGAUCUGAUGAAGAAAAAUGUGAUGAGAUUAAUUUAAACUCAAAACCGAUAACAUCAAUACCUGUGUAUAAUACAAUUCAAUCAACAACGCAGUCUAAUACAAGGAAUUUAUGCGUUUUACCGUUUGCCGAAGGGGUUAUAUAUUCGUAUCAUGAUUCAAAUAGAAGUUUACCUCCCGGGACAUUGAUUGACCAUCAUCGCGCUGUAAAAGAGAACUGCGAAGUUGGAUAUCAUAAUAAGGCUGCCGAUCAAAAUGUUUUUAGGGUUUGUCAGGAAAAUGGAAAAUGGAUAUCGAGUUUAGAGAAAUUAUGUUUCAAAAUGUGUCCUCCUCUAAUAUCUGAUAGUUUAGACAUUACAUGUAAUCUUAAUGGUGAGAAUACUAAUUGUUCAUCUCCGUCGAUACCUAAUACAAUAGCUAAACCAUCAUGUAAGCCAACACAUACUGUACCAAAUGGACAAGUAGAGACUCCAAUUGAUUUACUUUGCCAGUCCAAUGGAAAAUGGAAUAAUCAACUAUAUAGAUGUAUUCCAAAUUGCGGUAAACCAUAUACCAUGUCAAAACCAUUAAUUGCAAAUGGCAAAGAAGCAAAUUAUGGAACAGCCCCUUGGAAUGUCGGAAUAUAUCAAUUAAAUAAAAUAAAUUCCAAUUAUGACUUGAUAUGCGGAGGAUCAAUAAUUACUCCAAUUUUAGUAGUUUCUGCGGCUCAUUGUUUUAAGCAAAAAGAUGUACAAUCUAAUUUUACAAUAUCAAUAAAUGAUGGUCUAUACAAAAUUGCUGUUGGGAAAUACGAAAGAGAUUUUACAGUAAUUGACAAUCAAUUCACUCAAAUGAUGAAUGUUGAAAAAGUUUAUCUGAAUGAAUAUUAUCGUGGAGCAGAUGGGUAUUAUAAUAAUGAUAUAGCUGUUAUCGUGUUAGAAAACAGAAUUUCUAUUAGUAGUGCUGUUGCGCCAGUCUGUGUUGAUUGGGCUAAAAUACAUAAUAAUAAUAUACGGAAUGGAAUUGAAGGAAAGAUUGUUGGUUGGGGAGAAACGGAAAAAGGCAAACAAAGCUCUAAUUUAUUAGAAGCAUCUCUACCAUACAUCGAUCAUGAUUCUUGUCGAAGAAUGCAUAAUUAUAAGUUUGACAAAUUUAUAACUCCUGAUAAGUUUUGCGCUGGUAGUAACAGUACAUUAGGACAAGGAGUCAUGAGAGGAGAUAGCGGUGCAGGCUUAACGUUUUUACAUUCUGAUUUCUUUUUUUUAACUGGAAUAGUGAGUAACAAGGAUCCAAACUUAAUUAGUUCAAUCGCAGUUUUUACAGAUCUUCAGCCACACAUCGAGUGGGUUCGUGCACUUUAUAACAAAUAUACUUCUUAUGCAAGUGACAGUAUAUAGGUAUAAGUCUAAUAAAAUGUUAGCUUAAUAAAUAUUAUUUACUUUACGUGUAAUUAAAGUCAAUAUUUAUAUGAAAAGAUUUUUACUUUUGUGUAACAAUUUUUAACAGUUCAUGUACAAUUAUUUGUUUAAAUUGAACUUAAUGCGAAAUUAACAGUAGAUCAUAUAGGUACCUAACACUUAUUUUUCACUUGCACUUAUAAAGUUUGAAUAAUCUUUUGCCGAAAAAAUAUUUUAAAUUUUACUACUAAUUGAUUUAUAAUUAUAAUUAGGUAUUGUAAUUGAUUAUUAAAAUAAUUACUAUUAUUUUUAUUUAUUUUAAA